GGUGGUUUUCGUUAGUUUAGUAUCGGAGUAAUUUUUUACUACUUCAUCCUGUUAAACCUUAUGAAUUCUUCAAUUGGCAUUCUUAGAAGUUCUCUUUCUUGUAGUAAGUUUUAUCACAUCUACUUUCACAUAUUGUUGAAAAAUAAACGAUGAAAACAAUGCAAUGAAAUAGUAAUCUGCAGUAGCAAGAAUUUAUUGAUGUGUUUUGUUAAUUUCUUUUCUUCUAUUGUUUUGAAGGGUCUCGGAAUAAUACUUUUGUAAGCUUUUUGUGAGUUUGCAAGUCGUUGUUUCCACAAUCUUGAAUUUACUUUCUGUGAUUCCAACUGUUCCAUGUUUAAAUCACUGGAUUUGCUUGUGAUUUCUGUAGCCAGUUGCUAAAAGGGCAGCUUCUAUUCCGAGGUUCAAGAAUGGCACUUGUCUACAAAUGAAAUUGGCAUACAACAACUUGGCGCCAAUACUUCUGUUCUUGCUCCAGUGGAUGGAUUUCUCAUGCACAUGCUUACUUCCAAGUUAUCUCAAUCUCUUCCACAUAGUUGUAUACAAGGUUAGCCCCAAUAGCAAGAAGAAGAUUCCUUCAGAUGGGAGGAAAGCAAGCAUUAGAGAAUUCUAUGCGGUUUUAUUACCAUAUCUCCAGCGCUUACAUGAUAGCUCAUCAGAACAGGAUAGUAGACAAGACGAACCUCAAGUUUCAGAAAAGAUUCCUGGGAAGAAAGUACAAGAGCAAAAGCAUUUUGAUGCUGAUCUAGAAAAAGAAAAUGAAUGUGGGAUCUGCUUAGAACCGUCCACCAAAGUAGUUUUGCCAAACUGCUGUCAUGCAAUGUGCAUUAAUUGCUAUCGUGACUGGAACUUAAGGUCCGCGUCCUGCCCAUUUUGCAGAGGAAGCCUCAAAAGAGUGAACUCAGGGGAUCUGUGGGUUCUGACAGGCAAUAGCGACGUCGUUGACCAGGCAACUCUUUCAAAUGAGGAAAUGUUGCGCUUCUAUCUUUACAUAAACAACCUGCCUAAAGAUAUUCCAGAUGCGCUGUUCCUAGUUUAUUACGAAUAUCUGAUAUGAUUUAACUUCUGAACUAAUUAAGAUGUUUGAUAUUAGAAGUUUAACAUACCGACCAAAGCCUGUGGAUAGAGUCCGGUAAAGCCCUCUAAUUCCUUCAUUUGUCAUUCAUCCAAAACAUUUAUUGUUAACUUUGAGCUGAAUAACUGCAUCCUUACCGUAAUUUGUAAUAGACAUUGAAGUCAGUAAAGAGACUGUUACCUCACUUU